CAAAUCUUUCAAAAACUUGCAGCUAGUAUCGUUUUUGCAGCAAAUUAUGCCAUUUUACUUCUAUUCACCACCAGAUGUCAUACCACCAAUUCGCCACAAAGAAUCAUCAACUUGGCAUUACUUUUUUUUUAUAAUUUGACAGCUCACUUGAAAUUUCACUUUUUUCCACAAAAAAAAAAAAAAAAAAAAAGAGUUGUGUGCUGAAAGCCCCAAAUAGUCUUCUUUGCCGCUGAAAGAUUUAUUAAAAAUUUCUUAUUAAUAUAAUCAAUUUUAUUAAUUAAUUAUGUAUCCAUAAUAUAACAAUUGUAUAAUAGAACAAUAUCUGAACUAUCUACCCAAAAACAAACUCAAUAGAAAAAAAAAACAAAAACAUGUCCAAAUCCAAAAAGAAACAACGUGAACCCGACACAAAUUCCGAAAAAGAAGAACACAAAAAUGCUCUUAAUAAUUCAAUAAAUUCAGAUGAGGAUUCUUCAGAGUCACAAUCCUCAUCAUCAUCAUCUUCGUCGUCUUCAUCUUCUGAAGACGAUGAAAAGAAAACUCGCUCAAAAAAAUCAGCGAAAUCAAAAAAAUCAUCAAAAAACAAAAAAACGUCGACCAAAAAAAGAAAACAUCAUCAAAGUUCUGAAUCGGAAUCAGAUUCAUCUGAUUCUUCUUCAUCCUCAUCGUCAUCAUCGAAUGAUGAUGAGCGACGUGUAAAAAAGAGGAAGCACCCAGAAAAAGAUGACACAACAAAAUCGAAAACGAGAAGAAGAAAAAAUUCGGAUGGCGAAGAAUCACGACGAAAUCCUCCUGCCGAAGGCAGACGGAGUUCUGCAGAGCCUUCGGGAAGACGGUCAAGAUCGAAUGAACGUCAUAGCGAUGGUGGAAACUGUUCCAAAUGGGAUAGUCCCGGCAGAGAAGGUCGAAGGAGUGGAAGAGGUCGAGGAGGGUAUCAAAACAAUCGUUACGACGAUCGACGAGGUGGGAAUCAAUGGAUUCGUGGGUGGAACAAUAAUGAUUGGCGUGAUAAUCGUGAUAAUGGGGGUUAUCGGGGAAGAGAUGGGUUUAGUGGGAAUCGAGAUUGGGGAAGAGAUCGAAGAGAUGAUGGGCAAUCGUCGAGAGGACGCAAUCAAGAUGAUGAUCGAGAACGUGGCGAGGAUAGAAGUUCUCGUCAUGAAGAUCGACGAAAUGAUGACAGAGGGCGGAAUGAUGACAGAGGAAGGAAUGAUGACCGGGGGCGAAAUGACCAAAGAGACAGACGCCAGGAUGACAACAGGGACAAAGACAGAAAUGACAGAGAUCGUCAGAAUGACCGGGAAAGAGAUUCCGGAAGACGUCGAAGCCGCAGUCCAAGAAGACCAAGAAACUUCCCUCGGCGAGACCAAAACGCCGACGAUGACAAAGAAUUCGAGUGGGGUGGUCGGAAGGAUGAGAAUCGGGUCAAAAAAGAAGAAGACCAAAGUCCAGCUGAGAAGGAAAAACCAAAUUUUGCUCUCAGUGGCAAACUGACAGAGGACACCAACACUGUCAAUGGUGUUGUUGUCAAAUACGCCGAACCGCCAGAAGCUCGCAAACCCAAACGCCGUUGGCGAUUGUACCCAUUCAAGGGCGAAAAAGCCCUUCCCACUUUGCACAUUCAUCGUCAAAGUUGUUUCCUAAUCGGCAGGGAUCGCAAAGUGUGCGACCUGGCGGUUGAUCAUCCUUCGUGUUCCAAACAACAUGCAGCCCUUCAGUAUCGAUUGGUACCGUUUGAACGAGAAGACGGCACCACUGGACGUCGCGUUCGACCGUACGUUAUUGAUUUGGAGUCGGCGAAUGGUACAUUCUUGAAUAGUAAGAAAAUCGAUGCGAGGAGAUAUGUGGAGUUGAUAGAGAAGGAUGUUCUUAAAUUUGGCUUCAGUUCGAGGGAGUAUGUUCUGUUGCAUGAGAAUAGCAAAGAGGAUGAAGAUGAUGAUGAUGUUAAGCAGGAAGAUGAAGGUCUUGUACCAGUUAAAGAAGAGCCCGAGUAGAGGAGCGCUGGACGUUUUUUUUUUUGUCUUAGAGAAAAGAGAGUGUAUGUCAAAACAAAAUACUUUUAACUAUAUAAACUUUCCCACUCCCCAAUCUACACUUGAAAAUAAAUAAAAAAUCAAUUCCCAUUUGUUUCGAUUUUAAAGAAAAAUGGUAUUUAAACUUUA